UUGCAGGUGGUAUUGCUAAAGGAUUAUAGUAGAGGCAACGCCUUCCCCAUGAGACUCUUAAAAAGUGGACACUAAGUGCCGAGUUAAUGUGGGCAAGUGAACCGUUCUCAGAAUGGUGUUCAUGUGACACAUUUUUGUGUAUCUCCUCCUGGGAGCAAGAAUUCUUGGUUUCUGCUAGUCGAAUUCCAUUGUGCGAUAUUCUGCUUAGCACCAGGGAGAAGGUUCAGGCCUAGGACCUGGUGGAAAUGCAAACAAUCAAAUGUGUGGUCGUAGGCGAUGGAGCAGUUGGCAAAACCUGCCUCCUCAUAUCCUACACAACAAACAAGUUCCCCUCAGAAUAUGUCCCAACAGUAUUUGACAACUAUGCUGUCACGGUGAUGAUAGGAGGAGAACCUUACACACUUGGCCUUUUUGAUACUGCAGGGCAAGAAGACUAUGACAGGUUGAGGCCGCUCAGCUAUCCUCAAACAGAUGUCUUCUUAGUGUGUUUUUCUGUUGUGUCUCCGUCAUCCUUCGAGAAUGUGAAGGAGAAGUGGGUUCCUGAGAUAACUCAUCACUGUCAGAAGACACCAUUCCUGUUAGUGGGCACUCAGAUUGACCUGCGAGAUGACCAGGUCACAUUGGAGAAGCUGGCCAAGAACAAGCAGAAGCCCAUCAGCAUGGACCAGGGAGACAAGUUAGCCAAGGAGCUCAAAGCUGUCAAAUAUGUUGAAUGUUCUGCCCUCACACAGAAAGGGCUAAAGAAUGUGUUUGAUGAAGCCAUACUUGCAGCCUUGGAACCGCCAGAACCAGUAAAAAGAAGGAAAUGUGUGCUACUCUAAGGAGUCCCCACUUCAAAUCCAUUUUCCCACUUCUUUACUUCUGUCACCCUUUCUUGUCUGUUCUGUCAUGUAUUUUCCUGCCUUGUGUCCUCUUCUGGAAUCAUGAAAGCCAUCAAGUCACAGGUUCAUCCAUUGAGCUGCUCAGUGAGUGACUCAUUGAUCUGGUUUCAUUUGAAGGUGAUCGUGACUAAAGCAGUACUUCAUUGCAGAUUUUUUUCUGCAGGGAUGUGAUGGCUUUUUUUGAUGGCUUUUAAAAAAAUGCCAUAAUAGAGUGCAACUCCUGGCUGAGACUCGGAACUCCGUGAAUGUGUGCAGUACGUGUUGCUCUGUCUUUUUCACAUCUCUGGGUGUGUCUCCUCCGAAUGUGCUGGGGAUGCAGUCAUUCAUGCCAUCGAUGCAGUCUAUUCACAGUCUUGGCUGAAUCCUCUCCUCCUCACGUGGACGUACCAUCUGCGACUGCCGUCGGCGGCGAGGUUUAUUUUUCUACUUGGAAUGGUGUGCAGAGCAUGCCAACAUCUAGACCUGCCCCAGACUUCCAUGCCUUUUCCAAUUUACAACAGCGCUGUAGCUUGGAAGGUUUUUCGAGAGUGUGUUUUGCAUUCCAUUGCUGUGGCUCUUUCUGCUUCUUGACGUUGUCAUGUGUCACGACAGAAAAGGCUUGGUGCUUGGGGCAGAUUCUCUACAGGCUGGUGCUCUGAGAUCCAUUUUUUUCUCUCUCUGAGCCACUCUUGUAUCUUUGAAAUUUCUGGCCGUGAAUGCUUGUUUCGUCUUUGAUUUCACUGCUCAGCCAUUUGUGAUUGACGUGAUUGCUCGCUCGCUCUCUUCCUUGAAGAUGCCUUCACCGAAAUGGGCGGCUUGGAAGGAGGCAUUGGAACCCCAGUGAAAUGAAACAGAAAAACAGAAACAAUUAUGGACAUCAUUCACAUUGUAUGCAUAUCCUUCUAAGUAUGAUUCUUGUCACACGUUCAGAGAUAUGGCAAAACAAAUCAUUUCUGCUCAGUGCCAAUGUUAUUCUGGUUUUUCUUUAUCUUCUUUUAAUGUUCUUCUGAGAAAUAUUUUUUGUCUGUUCUACACUUUUUAUUACAGUUAUUUUACAUUGUUGCUGGUAUUUCAUAAUGGGUUUUUUCUCUGGUGUUAAAUGCAGCAUCUGCUUAGUUAUGUGCCUCUGGAAUGAUGCAUGUUGGUUUGAGAAACCGACAGUUCCCAAUUUUCUGCAUAUUUAUUUAUUAUAGCCAACGAAGUGAUGACUUUCUUCUUCUCCUGAGCAACAUCUCAUUCAUGGAACCCUCUUCUUCCUUCUUUCCCCUUCCACCCCCUGUAAAUGGAAGGUGUAUAGAUUUCCUAUAGUGAUGGGAGAUACCUGUGUUUAUAUUACAAAUCUGACAUGCCUUAUUGAAGCCCUCUGUUCCUUCAGACAUUUGCUUUUCUCCCCCCAUGUUACAUCCUGUAGUGGCAACAGGGACCCCAAGAUUCAUUAUGCAGCAAUAAAGUCUGGGCGGGUAUCAACAUUCUUUCUCUCUGCAUUGUCGAGCGGUUUACAGGAGCAGCGAUGGCUGUUCGUCUGUAUCGUCGUUUACAGGUCACAAGUCCCUGUUCCAUGUUUCAUUAGGUCUGCUUCACUUGCAUGAAAAGCUAAGUCAAAACCCAUGGAGAAAUUUCCAGGUCCUUUUCACGAUGAAGGUGAUGCAUCCAAGAAGUAUGCAGAAAGUAAACAUGAUCAUCUUUUGCAGGUUCUUCAUUUCGUAUAUUAACAGAUUUUUGUACAUGCC